CCCAAAACCACCCCUCUUCUCUUCCCCUUCCCGGUUCACACAUCCCUAAAUCACCUUUCCGCCCUCGUCUCUGAUCAUCUGGGAUCGAUAUCAACGGCGCAAGCCUUGGAUUCGAGAUUGGUUAUUCUCCGAAAGUGCCUUGCUCUCCAUGAUGGCUAAAAGUUGACACUUGAUGAGCAUCCAAAAGACUGAAUGAAGAUAAAGUUUAUCUCGAGGAACAAUUGAAGUGUCUAUGAAGGUAAGAAAAAUUGUUAUUUAUAGGAACUGGAGGUGCAGGCUAGAUGCAUUCCAGGAAGAGACAUGCCGAUUGGUUGUCAUGCUUAUGACCACUGAUAUUGCCAAUUGGCUAACUAGUUGUGAUAGUAUAUUUUUGGACCCACGUUUGGCUCGACAGGUUGCACUGCAUUUUCCAGUUUUCUUGUAGCCAUAUGCUGGCUCUUGGCAGCUCAUCAGGUUUGGCGUGGAACUUUGUUCUCCGAUUCUUAGUUCUUUGCACGGUGCUGACUUCCUUUUUUUGUCCUAACUAAAAAGGAACAAAAACGAUGCUGUGGUUGUGGUUGCUUGAUUUGGAAACUGUUGUUAGGUCAUGAGUCUAUUUCUCUGAGAAUUUGCUAUGGUGGAGCUUACUGAGGAAGCAGGCAUUCAAGUUAAAAUAUCAAUCAUGCAUUAGUUCUGUACAAACAUGGAUAUUGCAAGAGUAUCUAAAAAAGAAAGAAAGCAAGUUGCAUCCGAAUCAGUUACUGAAGUUAUCAUCCAUCCAUGGUUGGGAUGUAAAACUACAGAGGUAACGACUUUGUGGAUCAGGUGGGGCCUACCAAUGCUCACUUUCAGUGGAAUUUUAGUUGUUGAGUGGAAGAGAUCAUUAAUCAUGUCUUCAAAUUCUUGUAGUAUCUGUUACUUUGAGAUCAUGCAGGUGAAAUUUACAUGAACUUCAUUACAUGGUUUCUGCUUUUCUCAAUCCUGUCAAAUGUUUUCUACCACUGCAAUGGUUUUGUGCUUUAACCAUCUAAGAAUCCAUGAAAACAGAUGCAUUAUUGAGUAUAAGAGAAAUGGCAAGGAGCAGCUGUCAUGGGGGCUCACAGCAGCUUUCAUAUGGUCACAAAGCAACUCUGACUCUCCACAUGCAUUGGCAAGCACCAGAGACCUACUAUUUCAUCUGGUAGUGUGGUUUGGUAUCAAAAUGGUCCACUCUAUUCCCUAAAUAUCUUGUUAUUUGAAAGUAGGUACACUGAAUGUUUAUCGAUCAACCUCUUCUCUUCCAAGCUAAGGCACUCGAAUCUAUUUCUACCUGCAAUGCUUUACAAGCUACAGGCAAUCACUGUCUUAUUUGAAGAUAGGGUUUUUUGCUUAAUUAUGCAUUGAAAAUUUUUAAUUCCCUGCUCCUUUUCCUUAAAUCUGCUACUUGACUUGAUCAGAAUGUGCAUGUCCAAACAAGACCGAAUCCAAAAGAAAAGGCACCAGGGUGAUCAUUUUUCAACAGACAUAUUAUGGUAGAAUUAAAGUGAUGCUGCAAGUAGUGGAAAUACAGCAUGCCGUUCUGAAAAUUGUCAAUCUCAGCAAAGCAGUCAUUCCUCACCAAAUCAUAUAUUUGGUUGGAGACUUGUGCAUUGGCUGGUCCAACAGGUACAGUAUUUUCCAAGAAGAAAAAGCUUCCGAACUCAGGCGAUUGACAUGACUCCAAAGUCAUGUUCCUGCACACCCAUCAUAGACAUCCACCCUCACCGGACUCUCCUACUGAACAAAGCAUCCUCUGUCUACUGACUAUAUUUGAUCAUCUGACUUCAGUCACUCAACAGAUGAUCAUCCCAUCAACAUGAAAGAAGAACGAGAGAUGGCCUGUCUACGGCAAGCAUCGCAGCUUCUCGGCUCACUGGUAUCUUCUUCCUUCUCGGUCCGAUGCUUCCCUGGUAAGUGGCAGUUGAUCCGCAGCAAGCUCGAGCAGCUGCUCUCCGGACUUGCCGCAGCUGCAGACGGCAACUUCCUCCGCCGGAAUUCGGAGGUGGAUUUGCUACUGAAGUCGAUGUUGUCGACCUUCGAUGACAUCGAAUCGCUUUUACUUCGUUGCGGCGAUGAAUCCUGCGUCGGUGGGAAGCUCCUCUUGAGGAGCGAUCUUAAUGGCGUUGCCUCCAGGCUCGGGCUCCAUAACGAGAGACUUGCGGAAUUGUAUGCUUCUGGGAAUGCGACGCAUUCCCGAGCCAUCGUCCUCACGAAGCCAAGCAGUAAUGCCAGCCGAGAGGACAUCCGAUUCUACGUGAGGGAUCUGUUCUCGAGGCUUAAGAUUGGUGAUACCAGCAUGAGACUGCUAGCUUUGGCUUCUCUUCAUGAGGUUCUCCGCGAAGACGACGAGUAUGUGAGGAUCGUGGCGACGGAUACAGCUGAUGCAGUGUGUCUUCUAGUAAGCUUUCUCGAACACAGAGAUGAUGGCCUUCGGGAGAAGGCCGCAGGGGUACUCUCGGUGAUCGCCGAGUUUGAUUCAUACAAAGGACUGCUUGUCGCUGCAGGUGCGAUAGGUCCACUGAUACCAAUCUUGGAGAAGGGAACUGAAUUGGGAAGAGAGAGAGCCGCCGGAAUUCUGAGAAGGCUGACCGAGAAUUCCGACAACGGGUGGUCGAUCUCUGCUCAUGGAGGCAUCACGGUGCUGCUCAAGAUCUGCAGCGACGCCGCCGCUUGUCGUAAAGAGCUAAUUGGGUUGGCUUGUCAGAUUCUAAGCAACCUCGGCAGCGCUGACGAGAUGAGGAGGUUCAUGGUGGAGGAGGGCGCCAUUCCUGUUCUCUUACAGCUCACCUUGUCCAAGGAAGAAGAAUCACGGAUUCAAGCCAUUGAGUGCCUUCAUUCCAUGGCAUCUGCGGACAAUGGCAUCAGACAAAUCGUUGUCAGAGAAGGACUUAUCGCCUCGAUAACUGAGUUACUGGAUCCAUGCUCACCCUGCUCAUCGACGGCAAGAGAGGCGGCUCUCAAGGCUACCGGGCUGCUCCACUCAGCAGAUUCCAUAGCUGUCCUGAUGAGCUCCGGCUUCUUGGAUCGAGCGCUCUUCUUCGUCAAACAUGGCGACGUCUCCGUCCAGGAGUUGGUCCUGAAGAGCGUCUCCCGCCUCUGUGAGCUCUCCGAGGAGUACAGGAAGGCCAUGGGCGACGCGGGCUACAUGACGGAGCUCGUGAGCUUACUGGAAGCCAAAUCAGCUGGAGUCAGAGAGAAAGCAGCUGAGACCAUUCGUAACAUGAUCUGUGCUCAACGAAAUAGGAGAAGGUUGAUCCAAGACGACCACGACGUGGACCGGAUCAUGCGGUCGCUCGAUCUCGUGGAGGGGAACUCUGCAACGAGGAAGCACCUGCUCUCCGUGCUGAAGGCAGUUGCGGAGAGCAACAGCGGAAGGAGAAGGAUCAUGGCCUCCGGGUUGGUGCAUUGCUUGCAGAGACUGGCAGAAGCCGACGAGGUGGACGCCAGGAAGGUGAUGAAGAAGCUCUCCGCCCGGAAUCGAUUUCGAAGUAUCCUGAAUGGAUUCUGGAGCUACUGACUUCCUUUCAGCUGCUGUAAUAUGCAAUCUGCUUUGUUCAUCAUCGGCAUCUCUUUUUCUGUCUUCAUGAUUCCAACCAGCUUAUCAUGCAAUUCUCAGCUGGUGAUAUUUGGAUGAUACAUAUAUUAUGUAUAUUUUUUUUUUUGGGUUU